AUGGCCUCCGGUCAAGGUCCCGGCCCUGGCCCCGAUACACCGGGGACUGUUGCAAGUCCUGCCGGUCAAGGCCUUGGUCUCGGCCCCGAUGAUGAUGCGACUUCUCUCAAGCGCGACGCCGACGCGAUCAAUCCGUCGUCUCCAGCUGGCAAUGAUGAGAACGCCAAGAGAAGGAAAAAGUCUGGUCCUGGAAGUAGAGGAGUUGCCAAUUUGACACCAGAGCAAUUGGCUAAGAAGAGAGCGAAUGAUCGUGAAGCUCAACGAGCCAUUCGUGAGCGCACGAAGAACCAGAUCGAUACCCUUGAGCGUCGUAUUCAGGAGCUCACUAAUCAACAACCCUACCAAGAACUUCAGAGCGUUCUUCGGGCCAAGGAGGCGGUUGAGCAAGAAAAUGCCGACAUCAAGCGUCGCUUAGCUGGCAUUGUUGCCAUGCUUCAACCUAUCAUCGGCCAAGCUGCUAUCGAGCAGGCUUAUGUAUCACCGGCUCAAACAUAUGCACCUCCAGUGCAACACCCUGCCACUCUAAGCGUACACAACAACGCACAUGCCGCUUCUACUCCUGGCAGUGCUGCGUCUCCUCCCAGCCAUGACCCUCCCAGCCAAGCUCACUGGCAUCUACUACAACAGCAACAGCAGCAAACGCAACAUCACCCUCAUCACCAUCCUCCUCACUCAUCCGCUGGCGGCGCAACCAACGCUGAAUCACAGGCCGCGAGUCAGCUGACUCAACAGCGCCGUAGUCUCCAACACGGGCUCGACAUGGGCCCUGAACGGCUUGGACUGGAGUUUCUACUUGAGCCCUCACAGCGGGUCAAUCGCAUCCAAAAUGGCGUCAACGGCGCUCAAGACACGCCUCAGUUCCACCACAUGCCAAUGAAACACGAUUGGACCGGUGUGAAUCAGGAACGUGCCUUGCAUAGUCGCUCAGCAAGUUGGGGCUCGCAAGGAAAGCCAAGCCAGCCUACACAUACACAAGAACAACAACAUCAAGGCCAGCAUCAAGCUCAAAUCCAGCACAGCUUGUCUGCCGCUCAUACACCUGAGAGUAGCCAUAGUCCUGGGUACAGCCCUGCUGUGAGCACCACUGGUCGUUCGGUUCAUCCUCGCAGCGACCCCAGUACUAUCGACCCCACAGCACCAAUAAAGAACUGCCACCCAACAUGUCCUCUCGACUCUUUGUUGCUUGACUUUUUGAGCGAGCGUCGCCAAUGUGCUGCAGACGGUGUUCCGGCUCAGGACGUCGUUGGUCCUCGCUACCCUUCUGUAUCGUCACUCCUCAAUCCCGCCAACAGCGCAUACAGCCACCCCCUAUCCAAAGUCUUCACCGAUAUCCUCGCCACUUUUCCUGACAUCUCGACUCUCCCUGAGCGCGUUGCGGUGCUUUACAUGAUGUUUCUCGUCAUGCGCUGGCAGAUCGAACCCACACAGGAGAAUUAUGACCGCCUCCCAGAAUGGAUGAUGCCACUUCCCUGUCAGACCAGUAUCCCACAUGCUGCUUGGCUCGACCAUGUUCCUUUCCCCAAAAUGCGUGAACGCCUUAUUCUUGAUCACAACCCCUCGCUGUAUCCAUUCGAUAACUUCUUUGUCCCCUUUACCACAACCCUCUCACUAUCGUGGCCAUACGAGGAGACCGAUACGUUACUCCAGGAUCCGGAGAGCGAAGAACUGAUGAUCAACCCUGUAUUUGAACGCCAUCUACGGAACUUAGACAACUGGAAGCUAGGUGAUGCCUUUGCAAAGGCGUUUCCAAAUCUGGCUGGAACAUUCAGCCUCAAACAAUCUGCUUCUCCGCGGCCAUCUUCAUCGAGCAGUCGGUGA